GUCCUCACGGCCCUGGACCAGACCUGGCACCCCGAGCAUUUCUUCUGUGCCCAUUGCGGGAAGGCGUUUGAAGAUGACGGCUUCCAUGAGUGGAGCGGGAAGCCGUACUGCCGCCAGGACUUCCUGGCCAUGUUUGCCCCAAAAUGCCAGGGCUGCGAGCGCCCCGUGACGGAAAAUUACCUGUCGGCCCUGCAGGGCGUCUGGCACCCCGAGUGCUUCGUGUGUGCGGAGUGCCUGAGCGGCUUUCCCAGCGGCUCCUUCUUCGAGCCGGAGGGAGGGUGUGGCCACCCUGUGACCGGCCACUGCGUUACGGCCUCGGGGCGCAAGUACCACCCUGAGCACUUCAUCUGCGCCUACUGCCUGGGCCAGCUGCAGAAAGGCACCUUCCGUGAGCAUGGCAACAAGAUGUACUGCCAGGCCUGCCACGACAAGCUCUUCCUCUGA